CAGCCGCCGCCUCCUCCAGCAGUCAGACCAACCAAACCAACUCAGGCAGUCAGUCAGUCACUCAGGCAGGCAGCCUGGCGCGCAAACACAUCGUUCUCUGCGCCACUUUCACCUUUGAUGCAAAUGUGACACCCAAAUCCAUCCCUUGGAUUUCCAGCGGAUUUUGUUUUUUUCUGUUUAUUCUUUUUGUUUUUUUGUGCAGUGGUGGGGAGUCGCGAGCAUGUGAAGCAAGUUUCACGAAUGAAAGGAUCCAAAACGAAGACUGAAUAAGAAAAAGAAGAGAUGGACGCGGGCAAUCACGUGCUGAUUUGGCGCCUACUUUUCGUCUGCUUGAUGCCUUUGGAACUUACUGGCGCGCAGUUUUUCCCAGGCGGCUGCACCUUCUCGGACUCGUACAGCAGCUGCGGCUACAGCGUGUCGCUGGGGACCAGCGGCUUCACGUGGGAGCAGGACCACAGCGCCCGCGCAGGUGGCGCAAUGGUGGUGAAUGCGUCGGGCCGGGCGUCGGGUCAGCGUGCUCGUCUCCACAUGCCUAUGCUGGAGGAAAACGACACCCACUGCAUUGAUUUCCUCUACUCCAUAUCGGGCCGUGACGGCGCCAGCCCCGGCGCUCUCAACGUCUACAUCCAGGUCUACGGGGGUGCUCAGAGCAACCCCGUGUGGAACGUCAGCGAAACUGUCACCGAUGGAUGGCUCAAGGCCGAGCUCGCCAUCUCCACCUUCUGGCCCAACUCCUACCAGGUGAUAUUUGAGGCCGUUUCCGUCCAGGGCCACCCAGGAGUCAUCGCCGUCGACGACGUCCGAGUUCUGGCUCAUCCCUGCCGGCAAGCGCCUCACUUCCUGCGCCUUCAGAAUGUAGAAGUCAACGUGGGUCAAAACGCUUCCUUCCAGUGUACGGCGGGGGGCAAGUGGUCUCAGCGCGACAAACUCUGGCUGCAGCAGUGGAACGGCAAGGACACGGCCCCCAUGGUGACACGGGUGGUCAACCACCGCCGCUUCUCCUCUAGCGUCGGCGUGGGCGACACCUCGCCGCUCGGCAAAGCCCACUACCGCUGUGUGAUCCGCAGUGACGGCGGCUCCGGAGUCUCCAACUAUGCCAACCUCAUCGUCAAAGCGCCUCCCACGCCAAUCGCCCCGCCCGAGCUCCUGACCGUGGGCGCCACCUACCUGUGGAUUAAACCCAACGCCAACAGCAUCAUCGGGGACGGGCCCAUCAUCCUGAAGGAGGUGGAGUACCGCACCACCUUGGGAAACUGGGUCGAGAGGCACGUGGUGGAUGCGCCCACCUACAAGCUGUGGCACCUGGACCCCGACGUAGAGUACGAGAUCAAGGUCUUGCUGUCCCGGCCUGGCGAGGGCGGGACGGGACCACCAGGCCCGCCGCUGGUCACCCGGACCAAAUGCGCAGAUCCCGUCCACGGUCCGCAGAAGGUCAACGUGGUGGACGUGCACGCGCGAUCCCUGACCAUCCAGUGGGAAACGUUUGGUUACGCCGUCACACGUUGCCACAGCUACAACCUCACGGUGCACUAUCGCUACACCUUCAACCAGCAGGAGUUUGCAUCCCAGGAGCUGAUCCAGACGUCUUCUCGCUACACCCUGCGGGACCUGCGCCCGUCCCUCACCGUCAGACUGCGGCUGGUCCUGGCCAACGGCGAGGGCAGCAAGGAGAGCGAGGAGAUCGUCAAGCGCACAGAGGAAGACGUGCCAGGCUCAGUGCCCAAGGAGUCUCUCCAGGACACGCCCUACGAGGACAAGAUCUUCCUCCAGUGGAAAGCGCCUAACGAGACCAAUGGAGUCAUCACCCAGUACGAGAUCAGCUACAAAGGCCUGAGCUCUCUGGACCCCACCGCCGACCUGAGUGCCCAGUGGGGGAAGGUGAUCAAGGCUAGCAAUGAGACGCGUCACCUGUUUGUGGCCCUCCACCCGGGAACCACUUACUUCUUCAGCCUCAAAGCCUCCACUGGCAAGGGUUCCGGCCCACCUGUCACUACCCACGUGACCACCAAGAUAGCAGCCCCCGCGAUGUCCGAGUAUGACUCUGAGGCGCCUCUCAACGAGACCGAGUCCACCAUCACCGUCGUCCUGAAGCCCGCCAAGUCGCGAGGCGCUCCCAUCAGUUGCUACCAGGUGGUGGUCAAGGAGCUGCACAUGUCCAAGUCGCAUCGAGCCGCCCCCGAGUGCUUUGAGGUGCCCUUCGGCUUCCGCAAUGCCUCCACCUCCAAUUCGCUGUAUUACAUGGCGGCCGAGCUAGUGCCUUCCGGUCUUACGGCGGCCCAGUCGUUCACGGUGGGCGACAACAAGAACUACAGCGGCUUCUCCAACCCGCCGUUGGCUCCCUCCAGAAGCUACAGUAUCUACUUCCAGGCCCUCAGCAGAGCCAAUGGGGAAACCAAAAUUGGCUGCGUCCGUCUGGCCAACAAAGGGGCCUCCACGCAGGACUCGGACACCACGGAGCCGGAAGAACCGGCGGACGGCACGGUGAAGCUGGCGGGUGUGGUCACGGGCAUCCUCAUGUUGCUCAUCCUGUUCCUCGGCCUCGUCCUCACCUUCAAACGCAGAGAGAUUCACACGUGGAGAACUCUGAGCGUGGGGAAGUUGGCCAAGAAGCACAAGGAGACGGCAAGCAGUUCCACUCAGCAGAGGGAGAUGGGCCCGGUCCACACGGCCGACAACUGCGCCGGCAAAGUCAGCACUCUGCACAAGGACGACCCCUUCGCCACCUCCAGCCAGGACCUCAACGGGUUCGUGUCCAAAGAGCCUGCACCUGCUACUGCAUCUCUGGACGGUGGCCAGCCGUCACUCGCCCAGCCGUCGCUUGCCCAGCCCUCGCUGACGCUGCAGAGCUUCCGGUACGGCAGCCGCGAGUCGGUGGACCUCGCCUACCAAACCGGUCAGUUCCAGGCGGGCCAGUUCCAGCCGGCCAUCCGUGUGGCCGACCUCCUCCAACACAUCACGCAGAUGAAAUGUGGCCAAGUCUAUGGCUUCAAGGAGGAAUACGAGGCUCUUGCGGAAGGACAGACGGCACCCUGGGAGACGGCCAAAAAAGACGACAAUCGCAUCAAGAAUCGCUAUGGCAACAUCAUCGCUUACGAUCACACACGAGUGCGACUGCAGCCGCUGGACGGGGAGCCCCUCUCCGACUACAUCAACGCCAACUUCAUUGACGGCUACCACCGGCCGAGACAUUACAUCGCCACACAAGGGCCCAUGCAGGAGACGGUGAGGGAUUUCUGGAGGAUGGUGUGGCAGGAGAACUCGGCCUCCAUCGUCAUGGUGACCAACCUGGUGGAGGUGGGCAGGGUCAAGUGCGUUCGCUACUGGCCCGACGAGACGGAAGUUUACGGGGACGUCAAAGUCACCCUGGUGGAGACGGACCCGCUCGCUGAGUACAUCGUCCGCACCUUCACGAUGCAGAAGAAGGGUCACCACGAGCUCCGAGAGCUGCGGCAGUUCCACUUCACCAGCUGGCCAGACCACGGCGUCCCUUGCUAUGCCACCGGGAUGUUGGGCUUCAUACGGCAGGUCAAGUUCCUCAACCCGCCAGACGCCGGGCCCAUCGUGGCUCACUGCAGCGCGGGCGCGGGCCGGACCGGCUGCUUCGUGGCCGUGGACAUCAUGCUGGACAUGGCCGAGAACGAGGGCGUGGUGGACGUCUUCAACUGCAUCCGCGAGCUCAGGUCACAAAGGGUCAACAUGGUGCAGACAGAGGAGCAGUACGUCUUUGUCCACGAUGCCAUCCUGGAGGCAUGCCUGUGCGGCAACACCGCCAUCCCCGUGUGCGACUUCCGAGCCGUUUACUACAACAUCAGCAGGCCUGACCCUCAGACCAACUCCAGUCAGAUGAAAGACGAGUUCCAGACCCUCAACAUAGUGACCCCGAGAGUGCGGCCGGAGGACUGCAGCGUAGGUCUGCUGCCCCGCAACCACGAGAAGAACCGCAGCUUGGACGUCCUCUCGGCCGACCGCUGCCUGCCGUUUCUCAUCUCGGUGGAUGGCGAAAGCUCCAACUACAUCAACGCGGCGCUCAUGGACAGCCACAAGCAGCCGGCGGCCUUCAUCGUUACCCAGCAUCCUUUGCCCAACACCAUGGGUGACUUCUGGAGGCUGGUCUUUGACUACAACUGCUCCUCCGUCGUCAUGCUCAACGAGUUGGACGCUGCCCAGUUGUGCAUGCAGUACUGGCCCGAGAAGAGCUCUUGCUGUUACGGUCCCGUCCAGGUGGAGUUCAUCUCGGCGGACAUUGACGAUGACAUCAUCAACCGCAUCUUCCGUAUCUGUAACAUGGCCCGACCUCAAGACGGCUACCGGCUGGUGCAGCACUUCCAGUUCAUUGGCUGGCCGGCCUACAGGGACACGCCCCUUUCUAAGCAGUCCGUCCUGCAGCUGGUGCGGCGACUAGCCAAGUGGCAGGAGCAGUACGACGGCGGGGACGGCCGCACGGUGGUGCACUGCCUGACCGGCGGUGGCCGUUCGGGAACCUUCUGCGCCAUGUGCAGCAUCAACGAGAUGAUCCGGCAGCAGAACAUCGUGGACGUUUUCCACACCGUCAAGACACUGCGCAACAACAAGACCAACAUGGUGGAGACCAUGGAGCAGUAUAAGUUCUGCUACGAGGUGGCGUUGGAGGCGCUCGGCUCCUUCUGAACACCGUCAAGGCAAUACGAGCACUCGCACCCAUGUUUUCCAUCCGUUCAAGUGCGUCCGACCUCACAGUGAACAAGGUUGCACAACCGCUAUCGCUGCCCAUCUGGCGACAUGAAAUUUGCAGAACACGAUUCUUCGGGCUUGUCUAAACAGGAAGUCUGCCACCGUCCUUAAGUUUUGGUUGGCAAAAGAUCCCGUGAUGCCAUGACAGCAAAUUGGCCGUUUUGGCCCCAUCUUGGUCAAGCUUUGUCCAGAUAUUCUCACUCUGCGUUUUGUUUGUAAAUUUAAAAGUGUACGCCCAAAACACCUCAACAUGAAAUGUGCGUGUCGUGUCUAUCGCACGUCGACCCAAAAAAAGUCUCAAGUAGACACAUUUUGGUUUCAUGCUCUUUGCAUCUUUGCCAUUUCAAACAUGUGCCCCCGGACAGGGCAAUUGGUAUGGUAAAUUGUUUGGGUCGGGUUUUUUGGUCCUUGUUUAACAAAGAAUUUUGCUUACCAAAAAUGAAGAGUACUCCCUUCUGGGCUGCCUCAAUGAAGCGUGAAAGUGGCUCAUGUGUUGCGCUAGCUAAACGUUUGUUUUGUUGAGGAUGUCAAGCAAGCUCUCCGCAUUCAAAAGCAUUAUUUAUUGUUUUUCGCUCUGUGCGGACAAUCUGUGUCCUUUUGGGAGGUUUUCCGCUUUGCUUCUGUGUGCUUUUCUUCUUCGUCUAAAAUUACUUGUUUUUCCUUUCUUUUGUGGGCUUAGCUUUUAAGUGUUUCACUAAAGACACUUGAUUUCAUUUCAGAUUUGGUUUCUUGGAGGCUUUGUCUUCCACCAUGAGGGAAAAAAAUCAACGAUUUGUCCAGUAAAGUGAUUUUGGGUUUGCUUGAUUGCUUGUUUGAAAAUGUGCUAAAGGUAUCAAAUAAUAAAGGCACAGCGCAGAAUGGUUUAGAUUUUUUUUGGCCUCCUUUAAGACGUUCUCGAAGCAAAAGACAGGUUCUCACUUCCAAGACACAAGCUGCAACUAGAUUGAAAGCGGGUUCAGCUUUCAAUUUUCAAGCCAGCCAAGCUAAAAGGGUGAGCUUUGGGCUUUCGAGGUUUGCUGGUUUCAGGUUUCAGUGGUCAGCUUUCAGAGCUGUCUGGCUUGCUUGAAACCUUCAUCUCAGUGCUUGCGUGUGUCUGUUGCUAUGCUGCAAACGGCGGCAUGCGCGCUCAGUGUUGAGUUGGAAAGCGCACAUGCAAGUGCGUUUUAUCUCCCGAGUGCAGCUGCAGGGAGACCAGAUUGGCGCUCAGGCGACAAACACUUCCUCCUCUCACACACACACGCACACACGCACGCACGCACACACACACACACACCGUAAAUACACUUUGCUGCUCAGCUGCCAAAGUUGAUUAAGAAAUAAAUAAAUCGUUGGACGCCGCUUUCUCUCGCCACUCACAAAAGCGCGCACGCACGAGCAUCUGUCAUGCUCGUUAGCAGCAUUAGCACAAUUAGCAUAAAGCUGUUGAGAGUCAUUUGUUAUCAAUGUCAAGCUUGGCUGGACUUUUUCCUUUCCUCCCAUUCCCUCCCCUUCCGUCCCGUCCUCUCUUUGGCCUCCAUUUCGUCUCGUUCUUUUCCUUGGUAUGUGUCGCACGCAUGGACGCGAAUCACUCCACGCAUGCGGGGUUUGUUGUUAAAAUAAUAAAUUUACUGAAACACACACAACAGCAGCAGUUACAGUCACGACCCGGCGAAACUCCCGCUCACUGUCAACUACUUCCGGGUACUGAGAAUACGUUAUAAACAUCACACUGUCCAUGUUAUACACAAAAUUAUACAUUGUACAACCCCAACCGUAUGUAUCAUAUUCUCAAUCAAUAAUUAGCUCAGACUACCAACAGUAUUACAAGUUCUGAUCUUCAAC